AUGGCCAUGAGUAUUUUGCAGGACUGGCGCCGGAGCCUGGACGUGGACGCACACAGGGCCCUGCUGGUCACCGGCAUCCCAGAGGGCCUAGAGCAGGCGGAUGUUGAAGCCGUCCUGCAGUCGACCCUCCUGCCCCUGGGCACGUUCAGGUUGCAACACAUGAAGGGCUUGAUGAAUGAGAAGGCCCAGGCCGCCCUGGUGGAGUUUGUGGAGGACGUCAAUCACGCUGUCAUCCCCACAGAGAUCCCGGGCAAGGAUGGGAUCUGGAGGGUUCUGUGGAAGGAACGUGCUCAGGACAUGACGGUCCUGAGGCCGAUGAGAUGCCUGCUGCUGGAUGACGGGCCCACCCAGGCCAUGGUUGCUGGGACCCCUGGGGAGGCGCCCACCCCUCCCACUUCGGAGACCCCAGCCCAGGGGUUGGGACAGUCAUCAGGAAGGCCAGUCCCCUUCCUGGGGCUACAAGCAAUAAAGGAAUCCAAGGAAGUGCCCCAGGAAAGCCUGGACGUCAAGGUCAAGGAGGCAGAUGAGGGGGCCUGA